AUGCUCCGCCGAGUUGAUUUCCUCGGAGUGGUGUUUCUAUGCAUCUCCAUUGUCUGCGGUCUUCUGGUCCUCGACCUCGGAGGGCAACGGAUGCCCUGGACAGAUCCGAAAAUUCUGCUUUUGCUAGGAGCUUCUGUGAUGGCUUUGAACGUUCUUGUUUUCGUGGAAACAGCCUGGGCAAAAGAGUCGAUUUUUCCACUUCGUCUUCUGUUACAUCGAGAUACUGAAGCGCAAGGAGCUAUGAUAGUGCUCAUCCCAUUGUAUUUCCAAGUCCCAGCGCAUGUUACACACAACGCCGGUGCCCACUUGAUGCCUUCUGUGAUAGGCAAUGCAAUCGGUGGUCUUCUGGCAGAUUUUGUUAUCAAAAGGACCGGAAGAUACAAAUUAAUCGCCGUAAUUGGCGUCGCUGCGUCCUCAACAUCCUACAACCUCAUGAUACUUCGCUGGCACGGAAAUAUUUCCUUCCUCGAAUCUCUGUGCAUCAUUCCCGGCGGAUUCGGCAAUGUAUUGCAAUAUUGGCUGUGUUCGUGGCUCUCACAGCGGGAAUUGAGCACUGUGAAAUGGCGAUUGGAAGUUCGUGGCUAUAUUUGAGUUCUAACGUUGGCAUGGUUGCGGGAAUCAGCACUGUCUCUGCUCUGCUGCAAAGUACAUUAAGCAAACAGUUGAGGAUAUUUUUGGAAGGGGUUGAUGCGAUGCAAGAU